AUGUACAAAAUUUUUCUGCUCGCUGCACUCUUGGCUUGUGCCGCCGCCGCUCCCAGGACAGAAGCUGACGCUAGUAUUCAAGUUACAAGAUUAGAAUCAAAUGCUGAUCCGGAUGGAAACUACUCCUACAAUAUUGAGAAAACCGAUGGCAGUGCUGUCAGCGAGACAGGACAAGCCGGCCACUCUGCUGUCGGAAGUUUCAGCUACACUUCACCUGAAGGAGUUCCAGUCCAUGUGAGCUAUGUGGCUGAUGAAAAUGGCUUCCAGCCGCAAUCUGACUUGCUGCCCGUUGCACCACCAAUCCCAUUUGAAAUACAGCGUGCACUUGAAUACAUUGAAAAGAAUCCCACGCCCGAGGAACAAGAGGAUAGACUUCGGCGUCAACAGCAGUAUUAA